AUGCAUGCCAGCAAGGUCAAUUUUGACCCGCAUUUGCCCCACACUAAUGAGGCCUUCACCAGAUAUGCCUUACCCGUCAAACGCAAUCAACGAGCAGAUCGCCAACAUCAGCCGACAUUGGGAGUAUUUCAAAAGACACGAGAGCUCCUACCUCUCAUGGAGGUUCUUGAAGCCAAAGAUUCAAGGCGUGAAGAGCGGGUGACCCUUGUCAGAAUGUACAAGCGACUAGCCCAUGCUGGUGGAAAUGCCGCCAUAUCAGUAGCAGUCAUUUCAGCGUCGAUUCCACAGGUUCUCAUGUCCUAG